CACCGAAUUGAUAAGAUAAGACUUGGCUACGACAUUACAUUGAUUAUAAAUUGUUUUAUUGUUAGUAAUGAUAACGGGGAAUUCAUAAUUUUCUUUUGACCAGUAACAAAGAAAUUAUUUUAAAAUCAACAUGUAUUUCAAACUAUUGUUUUUUGUGUUCUGUGCUAUGUUAGGAACAGCAUGUGGUUUCAGAUGCUAUGCGUGUUCAUUUUCAUCGGUGGACGCUGACCAGUCCUGUCUCACCAUCACCAACGAAACCCACAUAGUGAAUUGCCCUUUCACAUAUUGCGUCAUUCUGCGCCAAGAAUUCAUGGACCCAGCUGGAGUGAUAGCCAGUUUCAUCAGAGGAUGUGAAGAGCAGCCGGACUAUUUGAACCACGAAGUUGUUGAUUCUGACUUCCGAACGUUCUAUAGAGCUUGCACCUCCGACUUGUGUAAUACUGGUAACGGCGUCCAAUCAGUAGUCGGGGGUGUUCUAUCACCACGUCCCGAGUACAACGGCGAGAAUCUUUUGGUCCCAGGAACCGGAAGUGGUAACCACGCGGGAAAAGUCCAAGUCACGUCCCUAAUGAUUUUGAUAUUUGGUGUAAUCAUAGCAAAUGUAUUUUAAUUAUAAGUAAUGUUAACUUGAAAA